GAAGGCGGGGUUUUCCCCGGCUGUGGUAGUCUCGAGCCCGGUUAGUACGCAGUGAGAGAGAGCGCGAGAGCGGCAGGAUGUUUUAAGUUGUGUGUAUGAGUGUGGGUCUGAAUUUAGAUAAAGUGGUGUAAAUGGGUAACGCGCAGAAGAAGGGUUCGGGGACAAGUUCCGGUGUCGCGAGCCCGGCGCGCAGCAGAGCCCGCGAGGGAAAUCCCGGAAGCUCGGAGGCGAAGAAGACUGCGCUCGCGAACGGCGCUCAUACUGCGGAGGCAGAGCGGCGGAGAGCCGAGGAGGAAACCGGAAACACCGGAACACACGGGAUGAACCUCGAUGCCCCCGCCGGGGAUCUGCCCCCUGCGCUCGCGCGCCUCAAAAACGAGGGCAACAUGCUGUUUAAGAACGGACAGUUCGGGCACGCGCUGGAGAAGUACACCCAGGCCAUAGACGGGUACACACAGUCAGGUAUUGACAGUCCUGAGGAUCUGUGUAUUUUGUACUCCAACAGAGCUGCUUGUUAUCUGAAAGAUGGGAACUGUACAGACUGCAUUCAGGACUGCACCAGUGCGCUGGAGCUCCGCCCCUUCUCCCUGAAGCCCCUCCUCCGCAGGGCGAUGGCGUACGAGUCUCUGGAGCGCUACAGUAAGGCGUACGUGGAUUACAAAACCGUCCUGCAGAUCGACUCCAGCGUACAGGCGGCUCACGACAGCGUACACAGGAUCACGAAGCAGCUGAUGGAGCAGGAUGGUCCUGACUGGAGAGAGAAGCUUCCCGAGAUUCCUAACGUUCCCAUUUCAGCGCAGCAGCACCGGAGGGAAGAAGCGAACGCUGACGUUCUCCAGGCACGAGCAGCCAGAGCUGAACAGGAGAAAGCCAGAAAAGCCGAGGCGCGUUUCACUCUGCUGAAGCAGGAAGGUAACGAUCUGGUGAAGAGAGGCGAGUUUGAGAAGGCGAUGGAGAAAUACAGCGAGUGUAUCGCUCUUAAACCCACCGAGUGCUCCAUCUACACCAACAGAGCGCUGUGUUUCCUGAAGCUGGACCGUUUUGCCGAGGCGAGGCAGGACUGUGACUCUGCGCUACAGAUGGAGCCGGACAAUAAGAAAGCGUUUUACAGACGUGCGCUCGCUCACAAAGGCCUGAAGGACUUCCUAUCGUCCAGCUCUGACCUGCAGGAGGUUCUGCGUUUGGACCCGAACGUCCGUGAGGCUGAACAGGAGCUACAGGAGGUCACGGUUCUGCUGAGGGAGAGUCUGCUGGAGUCAAACACUCGGGGCUGAUGAUCUACACGCUGACACAAACCAUCAGAACAGCUGCACACGUCUUCCAGCAGAACCAUACGCUUCAGCCGAGAGACAGAAACACACACGCACACGCACAUACACGCACACACACACACGCACACACACACACGGGGAUGCCCUCGUGUCCUGCACGUUCCUCCUUCAUUCAGGAAGGAGGUGAUGAAGAUGAAUUGUUAGAGGUGAUGCGGGAGAUGAUCAGCGUGGCCAUGUGCUGAUAUUCAAACCCCAAACUGUCCCAGCAUGACGCUUUACCCACCGCUUAUUACUGUUAUCAUCAUUAUUAUAUUCACACUGUCUCUUCCUUUCAUAGACAGAAUCCUGCUCUGAGUCCUUAAAUAAAUGAACACAGAAAAUCGAAGGAACAUGAAACCAGUAAAGAACAAAGUCAUGUUUAAUUCUCUAUCUAACCUUUUAGGGGGCGGGGUUAAUGUAUAAAAUUAAAAAUUAUUUAUGUAUAAAAUUAUUAAGAAAGCCUAAAUAAAGUGGAUGUUUGUAUUUUUGUUCGUUUUAAAUCACAUAUGAAAUACAAUAAAUGUGUCAAAUGUUUGGGGGAGAAAACGUCCGAUUACUAAAGCAUCGUUUCUUAUUGUAUUAAUUCAGAAAUUAUUAUUAAUAUUAAUUCAUAUUCAUUUAAUUAGGUUGUUUAAUUCUAGUAAAUAUGUCAGAUGUAUCUGUUUAUGUAAUUAUAUACUGUAUUAUUUAUUGUAUUUCAUAUAUUUGAACACUAUUACUGUAAAUCUAGCAGAGGAACAGCUUUAUAUCUUCUGCAGAACGCAGUGAAGUGGAGCGAAGUGAGAUAUCGGCACAUGGCCACUCGGGGUGGUUUGGGAGGAAACACGACCUCAAACGCUGCUGGGUUUCAUCUUUAUCCAAACGGUUCCUUUACAGUUCUAAUUGUUCAGUCGUUCGCCGCUAAUAACUGAAUAUUCGAAUGGGUUUAGAGAAUGUUUUUAUUUAUAUCUCCUGUGUUGUUAUUUCUGUUGAUUUCCGGCGUGUUUAUUCAGAGUGCAGGAUCUCUGUAGAGCAGCGAGUCAGGACGAGUGGACCGGCCCGGGUCAGAACCGAGCCUUCCUCUCCGAUCAUGAACCCUCGCAGGGCGUAGAACCUCGUCCUCGUUACAGCUACAUCAGGGUCUGUCCGAUUCUCUCGCUCUGCAUCAUGGGUAAAGCGGCGUGAUAACUUCCAGUGCUUAAACGAGUCACGACAUUUAGGGCAUGUUCACACCGGUCCGUUUCUCCGUGCCGGGUUUGGUGUUCACAGGCGGGCGUGAAGCACGAGCGCAGCGCUGAAAGAAAGCGUCAAUUCACUCCCUGACAGCAGAUGGCGCUUAUUGAAAAGCAGAAAUACCCCCGGUACACAAGGUGGCGCUGCACAACUUUACAAUAGCAUUCACAAAUUUAUGGGAUUUACAUUUUUUAAAUCACAUUUUUUUUGGAGAUGCUGGAUUUGAUUUCCGUGAGCUGUA